GGUCAUGAAAAUAUGAAGGGGACGUCGCUAGCCUGCUAGAACUUUACCGUCCAGGAGGGAACAACUAUAUGAAACCUACAGUUCAAGGAUAAUGAAUGACACAGACAUAUAACCGAGCUUCGUGUCUACUGCGACCAUGCUGUGUUUGGGCGUAAAUGUGGCCCGGUCCUCGGUGUCUUUGCAAAAGCUGUGCAUCCUCUCCCUGCUCCACAUGAGACAUCGGUCCUAUCUCUGCCCGGUGCAGUCGUGGAGGAGAGGCCGACACAGCGGUGCCGUCCGCUGCCUCUCUGCUGGACCGGGUCCACCUGCUCCUCCGCCACCGACGGACUCCUCUGAGUGCUCUGAACCAGAACCCGGCAACACCCCCUCUGCCUGGUCUCCUGAGCUCGGUCCACCGCCGGCUCCCACCCACUGCUGCAUGAGCGGCUGUCACAACUGUGUGUGGAUCGAACAUGCAGAGCAGCUGCUGGCGUACUACCACGACGGAGGGGACCAGGCGCUCGCUGCCAUAGAGGAGAACGUUCUGGAUGAGAACCUGAAAACCUACCUGAAGAUGGAGAUAAGACUCUUAAAAAAGACAUGAUGGAAACAGCAGCUUCAAACAGCGUUGACUGAGUCUUGUGAGACUGUUCUUAGUCAGAACUUUAUAAAACACUCCAGUCACCGGUUUCACCUCCACAUCUUCACUCCCUCCUCCGGUGGCUCACACAGUUCACGUCUGCAGAACAUUUCAGAGAACUGACACAAGCUUCCUGGUCGACAGGAGAAGAGUAAAUGUGGCUGUUGACUAUAGGUGUCCACCUUUCCUGCCUGACUAAAAUCUUUUGCUGAUCAUAAAUCAUUUAAAGGUUAGUUCCAGUUUAUUACAACUUGGAUCUUACUAUGGUGACUUUGUCCAUCAUUUCUAUUUGUUUUGAUAACGUUCUAUUCCCCAAAGUAUUUUGCUGAGAGCUGGAAACAGCUGUAUUCACAUCAGGAAAGAUGAUCAGACAGGUUGUUAACAAACCAACAGUUUAUCCAGAUCAUCUAAAACCUCUUCAUUUAGAGGUAAAACUGAAGGCGACCACACCUGAAAUGAUGGUAAUAUAAUGUUUGAUAAGAACGGUUAUAAUUAAAGUUUUUUCAGUGACGUCUGGUGUUCCCAGAUCUCAGCAGUUAACUUUGUGAGUACUAUUGUUGUUAGGUAGAAUGCCAAACAUUAUAGAAAUCUGAAUUAUUCACCUGUUUCAUUUCAGGACAGCUUCAACUGAUGUCACAGUAGUCUUUGCUUGUUUUCAUCAGGUGCUUGAAGUGGUUGGAUUUUGAAAGUGCGUGUUUAGUAAUAACAUUAGUGAUGUUUUUGGGCCUCAUUGGAAACUCCAUGUGGUUUAUUUUAACUUUUAUUUUUUAUUUUUUACAGCCUGAUUCAUUGUUGUGUUCCUUUCUUAAAACAUAGAGCACACAUUUUGCACAUUUGUUUUAUUUAACAUAAGUUUGAACUGAA